AAGGCAUCGAAGCGGAAGUGGCCAGCAGGUUGACCCAGAUUCCGUUUCCGGUGCUGUGAUGUUGGAGGAAUCCCUAAUUUGCUGCUCUUGAAUUUGUCUGCAAAGCCGCCGCCGCCGCUGUGUCCGAGAGGUUACCCCCCGUGUGGAUGUAUGGACUGAGGAGGAGCUGCUAGAUGUGACUCUGCUCCGGGAUCCGUCAGUCAUGAGUAACAGCCACCCUUUGCGCCCGCUGGCCUCGGUGUCGGAGAUCGACCACAUCCACCUGCUGUCGGAGCAGCUGGGGGCGCUGGUGCCCGGGGAGGAGUACAGCGACGUCACCUUCAUCGUGGAGGAGAAGCGCUUCCCGGCGCACCGGGUCAUCCUGGCGGCCCGGUGCCACUACUUCAGGGCUCUGCUGUACGGAGGGAUGAAGGAGUCGCAGCCGCAGGCCGAGGUGUGUCUGGAGGAGACGCGCGCCGAGGCCUUCUCCAUGCUGCUGCACUACCUGUACACGGGCCGGGCCAGCCUCAGCUCCGCCCGCGAGGAGGUGCUGCUGGACUUCCUGGGCCUGGCCCACCGCUACGGCCUGCAGCCGCUGGAGGACUCCACCUCCGACUUCCUGCGCACCAUCCUGCACACCAACAACGUGUGCCUGGUCUUCGACGUGGCCAGCCUCUACUCUCUGAGCACGCUCAGUGCGGCCUGCUGCGCCUACAUGGACAGACACGCCCCCGAGGUGUUGAACUCUGACGGCUUCCUGAUGCUCUCCAAGGCGGCUCUGCUCACUGUGGUCAGGAGAGACUCCUUCGCCGCCAGCGAGAAGGAGAUCUUCCAGGCUUUGUCCCGCUGGUGCCGGCAGCACGGGGAGGGCGACGACACGCAGGAAGUGAUGUCGGCGGUGCGGCUGCCGCUCAUGAGCCUGACGGAGAUGCUGAACGUGGUGCGACCGUCCGGCCUGCUGAGCCCCGACGACCUGCUGGACGCCAUCAAGACCCGCUCCGAGAGCCGCGACAUGGACCUCAACUACCGCGGCAUGCUCAUCCCGGAGGAGAACAUCGCCACCAUGAAGUACGGAGCCCAGGUGGUGAAGGGCGAGCUGAAGUCGGCGCUGCUGGACGGAGACACCCAGAACUACGACCUGGACCACGGCUUCUCCAGACACCCCAUCGAGGAGGACGGCCGCGCCGGGAUCCAGGUCAAGCUGGGCCAGCCCUCCAUCAUCAACCACAUCCGCCUGCUGCUGUGGGACAGGGACAGCCGGUCGUACUCCUACUACAUCGAGGUGUCGAUGGAUGAGCUCGACUGGGUGCGAGUUGUGGAUCAUUCCAAGUACCUGUGUCGCUCCUGGCAGAAUCUGUACUUCACACCUCGGGUUUGCAGGUACGUUCGCAUCGUGGGAACACACAACACGGUCAACAAAGUCUUCCACCUCGUCGCUUUUGAGUGCAUGUUCACCAACCGGCCCUUCACCCUGGACAGUGGGCUUGUGGUGCCCAGUGAGAACGUGGCGACCAUCGCGGCGUGCUCCAGCGUCGUCGAGGGCGUGAGCCGCAGCAGAAACGCCUUGCUCAACGGCGACACGCGCAACUACGACUGGGACUCGGGCUACACCUGCCACCAGCUGGGCUCUGGAGCCAUCGUCAUCCAGCUGGCUCAGCCCUACACCGUCAGCUCCUUGAGGCUGCUGCUGUGGGACUGCGACGAGCGCUCCUAUAGUUACUACAUCGAGGUGUCGACCAAUCAGCAGCAGUGGACGAAGGUGGUGGACCGCACCAAGGUGGCCUGUCGGUCCUGGCAGACGCUCAAGUUUGAGAAGCAGGCCGCCUCCUUCAUCCGCAUCGUGGGAACGCACAACACCGCGAACGAGGUGUUCCACUGUGUCCACUUCGAGUGUCCGGCCCAGCUGGAGACGGAGGUGAACGAGGGCAGUCCCGGGCGGGAUUGCCCCGAGGCCGGCGACGCCCCCCAGCAGCCCCGCCCGCAGCGACCCUCACGCACACACAGCCUGCUGCCCACUCAGCCCUCCUCCCCGUCUUCAUCCUCCUCACUCACUCACCACUAAGUCGAGUCCUCCGUCCCCGCCGGCGAGGCGGGUCGAGGAAGGGGAAACCUCAGAACGCCAUUUUGCACAGCCUUCGUCAUCCAGACUGCACUGCUACGACGCUGCUAAGGCGAUAUUAUUUUAUUUUAUUUUAUUAUUAUUAUUGUUAUUGUUAUUUUUUUUUUCAUCAUUAACAACCCACAGUCCUCAUUUUCUGUAAACACAACAGUAGAGAAUUGUAUUUCCAGAGCAGCAGCAUUCAGGGCUCCAGUCUUCCUACAGCUGAAACACAAUGAAGGAAAAAAAAAAAAAAAAAAAAGCUAGUCACUCUCAGUCUGUUGGCCCAGACGCUUUGUGAAGGUACUGUUUAGCUGCCAGUGCAAUAACUCAUCAGAACUGAAGCGUAAUUUCUAUUGCUUGUCCAAAGAUGAGACACAGUGAAAUAUGGGAAGGCCACCAAAGAGCAGAGGAAACGGUUUUCAGUGGUGCGAGUGUGAGUUUCAGUCCAAAAUGCUGUGUGUCGGUUUUGGCUUCCUGAAAUCCCCCCCCCGUCGGCGUUUCAAAAACCCAGUUGGAGUUCAUCCUCACACCAACAGCUAUUUGCUUUUGUAGAUUAAGGAAAAAAAGGUCCUAAAGUGACACUUUCAUACCAGCAAGCUAUCAGAGUAAAGCGUCUCUAUUUUUCAAACGUUGGAUCCUUUUAUUUUGGAAUGAAACUCCUAGAGGAUGUUUGCCAAAGCUGUCUGGCUAAUGUGUCCCAUGACAUUUGUAUGCAAACAGCACUUAAUUUGAUUAUGCAUUUGCAUAGUAAGUAAUAAUCAAGUAUCAGUUGAUGUUUUUUUUUUUCUUUUUUUUUUCUAAACAACCAAAAGCAGAAUCGGUGGUUUUCAUCUGGACUUUUUGAUAGUUUGAACUCACCUUACUAAACAAAGUGAAGCUGAAGUCACUGUCUUAAUUCAGUAAUACUGAGCACUUGAACAGCUUAGCACAAGUGAUAUGGGGAAGUCAUUAGCUCUUAAAUGUGUAAAUUGUGGUUAAGGAGCAUUGACCAAAUUAUUUAUGCGCUGGGGCUUCUGUGGGGAAGGAAGUGUGUGGAGAGGGAUGAGCAGCUGCUGUUGGCACUUUAUUGUACUCAAAUAUACUGAAGAAAAAGUUGCAGCUUUGGUCCUCGGACGCAGAGGAUCAGUACUGGAGUGCUGGAUGUGGUGACACACUCUUUUUGUAUGUUACAAAACUAAUUUAAAAUGUUCCAUGCUCUUUGAUCUGUCAAGUCAAAACUAACUUUUUUUUUUUUCUCCUCCUCCUUUGUGUGUGUGUGUGUGUGAGUGUGUUUUUGGACUCGUGUUUGUUUUCAGAUUGUUAACCUGGGUGCUGUGGUUCCUGUUUUCUAUCCUCUCCUUUUGCAUUUUCUCAGUUCUGAAGUUGCUCCUCUGAAACCUUUUUCCUCUUUGAAACCUUUUAUUUUAUGCUGAGUGACCUGAAAAACAAACAAACAAACAAACAAACAAACAAAAAAAAAACCCUAACGACCCCCGGGCUCCAUCACUUAUUUCUGCAAGACUUUCUUUGUUAUUCCCAUCUCCAUUUUUAGACGCCCCAUUAGUUUGAUAAUGUCUUCCUGAAUAGCUAACCGGAGCUGAACUGGGGCUUUGAUCAGGUUGUUUUGUGCUGUAGAGAACUCAUUUACCUUCUCCCACCUAACCUCAUGUCCAUCUGAAUAGUUUUACUUAAUAUAUUUAGUUUUUGACCAUUGACAUGUGAUUGCAUUUCACUGCCUCUUGUUCAAUGCAUUGCCUAUCAGUAAUGUGAUAUAGGAACAGCUGACAUUGGUUGUUGAUGUUCAUGACUGCUGUUGGACAAAACAGUGGAGGUCUUGAUGAUACAAGCAAUACAGUGAUCUCUAUCUUCUCUUA